GCGGCUUCCCGGGCACCAGCCCGGCUGCCUGCGCCCUGCACCUUUCCCCGGCAAGCGGCUCCGCUCCAGCCCCCCUCCUCCCGGCGCCUCCUCCUCCCGUUCCUCCUCCCCUCCCCUCCCCUGCAGAGCAUGCACAGCCCGGGACUCGCAUCGCCGGCUCCGAGGCGGGCGGGCGAGACCCUCGUCGCCGUCAGCCCCGCUCCCGCUGCCCCCGGAGGCGCCCGCGGCUUCCCCUCACCGCCUCCCGGUGCCCCCGCCGGACUUUUCCCUCCUCCCGAGGAUGAGGCGGCCGACGCGGCGGCUGGCGCUGUCUCUGCUGGGGGUGCUCUGGCUCGCCGCCCUCCUCCUCUUCUUCUUCGGGGCGCGGAGGAAGUUGGAGGCGGCGGAGCCCGAGGGUCACACACCGCAGGAAUCGGACGUGGACUGGGACGACCUUUGGGAUCAGUUUGAAGAGCGGAGGUACCUGAGUGCCCGGAGGUGGAAGGGCGGCGAGGACCCGUACCGGCUCCAUGCCUUUAACCAGCGGGAGAGCGAGAGGAUCCCCAGUGACCGCGCUGUCCGCGACACCCGCCAUCACAGGUGUACGACUUUGCACUACAGCCAGGACCUCCCACCCACCACCGUGGUCAUCACCUUCCACAACGAGGCCAGGUCCACCCUGCUAAGGACAGUUCGGAGCGUGCUGAACCGCACCCCAGAGCACCUUGUCCAUGAAAUCAUACUCGUGGAUGACUUCAGUGAUGACCCUGAUGACUGCCGCUUGCUGGGCCAGCUCCCCAAGGUGAAGUGCUUGCGGAAUGGACGGCGGGAAGGUCUGAUCCGGUCCCGAAUCCGAGGAGCAGACACGGCAAAAGCAGCUGUGCUGACCUUCCUGGAUAGUCACUGUGAGGUGAAUAAGGACUGGCUGCUCCCUCUGCUGCAGAGGAUCAAAGAGGAUCCCACCCGAGUGGUCAGCCCCGUUAUUGACAUCAUCAACCUGGACACUUUUGCCUACGUGGCAGCUUCCUCAGACCUCAGAGGAGGUUUUGACUGGAGUCUGCAUUUCAAAUGGGAGCAGCUUUCCCCGGAGCAGAAAGCCAAACGACUUGAUCCCACCGAGCCCAUUAAGACACCCAUCAUUGCUGGGGGGCUGUUUGUGAUCGACAAGGCCUGGUUCAACCACCUGGGGAAGUAUGACAGUGCCAUGGACAUCUGGGGUGGGGAGAACUUCGAAAUCUCUUUCCGGGUGUGGAUGUGUGGAGGGAGCCUGGAAAUCAUCCCCUGCAGCCGUGUUGGGCAUGUCUUCCGGAAGAAACAUCCGUACGUCUUUCCAGAGGGAAAUGCCAAUACAUACAUUAAGAACACCAAGCGCACGGCGGAGGUGUGGAUGGACGAGUUCAAGCAGUACUACUACGCCGCCCGGCCCGCAGCCCAGGGCAGGCCUUUUGGAAAUGUCCAGAGCAGAGUGGAACUGCGGAAGAAGUUGAAAUGCCACAGCUUCAAGUGGUACCUGGAAAACGUUUAUCCCGAACUUCGGAUUCCCGAGGAAUCGCUCUAUCAGACUGGGAUAAUCAGGCAAAGGCAGAGCUGCCUGGAGUCACACAAGUCUGAAGACCAAGAACUCCCCAUCCUGAGCUUAAAUCCUUGCAACAGCAGCAAGGGCACUGUACCAAAGGCACAGGAAUGGACUUACACAUACAACCACCACGUCCGCCAGCAGCAGCUCUGUUUGUCUGUGUACACCCUCUUCCCUGGUUCCCAGGUGCUGCUGUCACCUUGUAAAGAAGGUGACAACAAGCAGCGCUGGGGCAAAGUUGGGUCACACAUUGAGCACAUAGCUUCACGCUUCUGCUUGGACACCGAGACCAUCGGGGACACGAACGAGAGCAUUAAAGAGCUCGUCAUCAACCCCUGUGAGAGCACAGCCAUGAGCCAGCGCUGGGACAUGGUGAUGUCUUGACCUGCUGGAGGAUGUGCACGGCGGGGACGGGCACCGGGACGUGGCCACACGCGGCUGAGAUGCACUGGACGGGGCUCAAAUCCAAACCACUGGGCGUCCUUGUGUGCUGUGGGACAGGAGGAGAACCGUUCAAAUAAAAAUGGGACACAGCACUCCAGGUGGAACAGCAGAUGUUAACUGCCAGACAUGCAGCUGGUAUUGGCCUGGUGAUGGUCAAGGAGAAGGGGAUGGCAGAGAACCAAGCUUGAAAUGUUUUAGAGGGAUACUGGGGCUCCUGUAAUGGGCUGUACAGAACUUCAGCAUUGAUUGAUCUCCCUGAAAACGCAGGUAGAAGGGCCUUUAAUACCUAAAGAAGACUUGGGCUGAGCAAAACAAGCAUCCCAGUGGCUCUUGGGGGUUGAGGCGGUUGCACAAGGUGGGAUGUGCCAAGGGCUGCUAAGAAGCAUCGCCAGGGAUCAAGUGGAAGACCCUGAAUUACCUUGGCACUUUGCUGUGGAUGUUUCUGUCUUGUGCCAGCAGCAUGGGUGGAGCCGUGUUGCACAUUGGAAUUGGUACCUGAUCCACAUCCAUGUUGUGUGUACAGAGGCAGAGCAGCAUUUACAGCUGUGGCCAGGAUCAGAACAGUGAGUGAUGGGGGAAUCCUGCUCUGUGCUAGCUGCACACAGUCCUUGUUGAAUUUCCAAAGCCCAAGCAAACAGAGGAUUCACUGUGUGAGAUUAAAGGAUAUAAACUUCUGUCAAGCUGGGAGGAAAAGCAGGAACAUGAUUAUUUCUCCUCUCUGAAGGCCAUGGGUCACUGAAAGCUCCCCUAAAAUUUCACUGUCUCUCACUGCUCUGCUUCAGAUCUGGACUAAAUCAAAUUUUCACUUUUCUUCCAUAAAAGUAAUAUUUUUGGUAAUUGAAGGUAAUUGUGUCAUAUUUCUGUCUCCCAAUUUCCAAACUACAGAUGAAGGGACUCCCAUAAAAUGCUGCUACUGAAGGUUUAAUUUACAAUUAAAAUUAGAGACUGCUCCGAGAAGGGAAAAGGGAUAUUAGCUGGGUUUGCUUCCCAGUUACCUUGUAGGCCACGAUGUGAAGUACUGAAGAAUAGGUUUGGGAUUCCCCAUUCACACCUGUGAGCAGGGAAGCCUGGGCCACAAUGUACCUCUCUCUCAAAGUCACUUAACAUAGGCAGACCAGGCAGAAAUGAUUUCUUCAGCUUUUGGAGAUCAGUCGUUUCCCAGAGGUCGUGUCAGGUGCUGUCACUGUGUGGGAGUGAGGUGACUGCCCAAGGAGACUAGGACAGAUGCCCUCAGGAGGGAUGUUAGGAAUAGAAGACUGGAAGGUCCUUUUCCAGCCUUUCAGGGCAGCUGUCCCUUCAGCCACAGGUAACAGGCAUCACCAAGAGCUGUGCACACAGCUCUCCUGUGGUAACAACUCUCAAAGAGAACUUCCACAGGACUAUCAAUGUGACUUGAAAAAAAAACCCAACAUAGUUUCUGUCUCUGAAAAUGCUAGGAUUUAGCGAGAAUCCUAUCCAUUGUUUCCUGUGCCACAGACUGCAGGUAAAAUACCAUAAGCUUUAAGCCUUCAAGUGCUCUCAGCAUCCCUUCUUGAAUAAAUUGCUGGCUUUCAGGAUUUUACUGCCUCAGUUUCUCCUCCCUCAGUGCUGGGAGAAAGCCAUAUGUUUAAAUCUCUCCAGCUUUAGAAGCAGAACCAGUGUAGCUCUUUUAUGUACAAAGGGUCGCAGUGCAAAAUGCUUUUCAUGUGCUGCAGUGAUUACCAACGCCAUCAAGCUCCCUUGGUGCCAGCCUCAAGGGCUUCUGUUGUGAAAGGGCUGGAGCAAGCUGUCAUUUCGUGGCGGGAGGUGGCAUUGUUUCCAUGCCACCACUCCGAGCAGGAAACAAAGGGGAGCACUUAAAAUGGAAUGGACCCAUUUCACAAAGGAGGGCAGUGACCUUGGGCUUCUUUUUAAUUGAACAGGGAAAUAUCACAUCUACUUUUCACAGUGGUGAUGACAGGCAAGGGGUAGUUAUUCCCUGUGUAGUGUUUACAAGGGAAAGCAGCUCCCAAGAGCUUGGAGCUUAACACGUUCACACCUGUACUGUGCCCACAGCCUGGGACUGCCCAGCAGCUGGCAAUUCGAUUGUGAAAAUUCAAAUUGCUGGACAACUCGGCGUGGGUUUUGAAGUUCAGCACCUGGCAGGUACACUCUGAGCAGGACCUCAGACCUAUCUAGCUUUACUGUUUUCCACCAAAGCUGAAAACAAAUCUCUGUUCUGCUGACAGCCAAAGCUCUCUAAACUGUUCUUUGCCUUAGCAGAAACAGCUACCUCACUACAUAUGUGUGUGUGCUUGGGCACAUGGACCCAUGGGACCUGCAGGGAUGUGUUCUAGGAAGGAGUUGUUUGACCAGCUUUUCAGCUCUCUUGCCUUUUGGGAAACACAAAUGCUACAGCAAACCCCUCCUGUUCCAAAACAUGGGCUAAGUGAUCACUGUGAACAUGUCUGGGGACAAUGGAAGGCAGGCAGUGGAGAGAGGGACAUCAGGCAUGGUGUCCCCUACCAGAGAGCAGCAACUAAGUUCUGCUAAGUCUCUUGCAGGCCCAGCAGCCACCAAGUACCUCACAGACCUGGGGAACAGCAGCACUUACCAAACUGGUGAUGGUGUCUCACACAGCCAUCAGCUGUAACCCUUAGGCUACAGCUUAUUUCAUGGUCCAGGAAAUGAGAUUAUCCCUGUGGAUCAGCAGUGUUUUCAGAGAAGCCUGAGAGUAUCAGCCUGUGACUCCUGGGGAGCUUUAUAUAAAGCUGGUCUUUUAGACUAAAGACUGGUCUGGCAGUCUCCAGAGUUAGCCCCAAUAUGGCAUUUAGCAAAUCUGCUUAACACCCCUGCAGAGAGACCUCACAUCGUGUCAGGGAAAAGGUUAACUGCUGCUGAAAUCCAACUCGUACCUUCAGGUUUGUUUCAUUUAUUAAAAUACACUGAAAACAGAUGAACCCUUUUUGCUUUGUGUUUUUUCAAUGCCUGGACAAAUUAUUAUCAUGCUGUGAACAGGAACAGGAGUGACUGAUUGGGAUCUCGAUGGGCUCCCAUGCCAAUGCUUCCUAAGCCCCAAUGCCAUUUGGUAGUAAUGCUAUUUGGUAACAUUUUACACUGACUUGAAAGAACAGCAGAUAAAGUAGAAAAUACGAUUCUAAUCCUGACUGUUGAGCUUUGUGACAGCCUUUAUGAACUCUGGGUAAGUCACUUCUUGUGUCUUGGGAAAAUUACAUUCAGAGCAAGAAACUCAAGGCUAGAACUACGACUGGCUUUUAAAGAGCCAACUAAGGCUAGCAAAAAAAAAAUAAAAAUCCCCAGAACCCCAAAAAACACCAUAAAAAAAUCAAAAAACCAUUUCCCCUCAUGGAGGAGAUCCAUAUUCCAAUGAGAACAAAUCUAUCUGGUUUAGGUUGGCUGGAGAAGUCUUGCACUCCUUACGUUGCUGCUUACGUGGUUUCUAGGUGUCUCGUGCCCAUCUUCUCCCUGUACCAGUGCAGUGCCAUAAGGUAACAACACAAAUCAUCAGUGCACAGAACCUCAGGUUACAACAUGGCAAAGUAGUGAUUUGGUGGUACAGAGGUGGAAACUGAAUUCAGAGAUCUUUGAUUAUCCAGCGAUGCAACAGCAAAAUGGGGCUGGUGGAUAAAGACUGGAGAACUUGUGGUGGUUCAAGACAAGCACAGCCUUGAGUGCUAAUCCCUUCUGCUUCUAGGAGUGGCUUGGGAUAGCUUGGGUCGUUUUCCUUCACUUACUAGACUGUCUUUAUCUUGAUUCACAGGUUUUUCUCACUUUGCCCUUUUGGAUUCUUUCUCCCGUCCUGUUGGGCAGGGAGGGAGGGAGGGAGUAGGGACUGAGCUGGCAGACAGGGUCGACCCCACUGCCCUAAGCAAACCAGGAUCUGUGGUAUAACAGGCUGGUGUUCCAUGUGGCUCAGGCUCUGAUCACAGCUGUGCAGUAGGAUCUGCACUGCUCACAUUUCAGAUCUUAAAAGCUUCAGUGAAAAGCUGGGGGCUAACGUUGUUUGUAGAACGGGUAAAGGAAGCAAAGUCAAGCAGGUUUCACACAAGCAGAAGAAGAAACUUCUGCUGCUCAAUAAUGUUCUGGCUAAAUUAAUUUUGAAUGAUCAGUCCAGCACCAGUUUUAAUGUGCAGCUACUUUAGAUGGCUGGAGAGUUAAAGGAAGCCUUGUAUGGGUGUCCAGCUUAUGUUGAGACUUACGUGCUGAAAUCCAGUGGCAUUUUUCCAGAUGUAUGGAUGUUUUCUCAGUGUCCACUGUUCUGUUUCUCACUGGAAGUGCCUUCAGAACCCUGUAAGAAUAAAAACCUCUUGCAAGCUA